CUCGGGUGAAUCUAUAGGUUGCUGGCGGCAGUCUCUUCACUAUGCCGCGGGUUGUCCCUGACCAGCGGAGCAAAUUCGAGAAUGAGGAGUUUUUCAGGAAGCUGAGCCGAGAGUGUGAGGUUAAAUAUACCGGCUUCAGGGAUCGGCCGCACGAGGAGAGGCAGGCCCGCUUCCAGAACGCUUGUCGUGAUGGUCGCUCCGAGAUCGCUUUUGUGGCCACGGGAACCAAUCUGUCUCUCCAGUUUUUUCCAGCCAGUUGGCAGGGGGAGCAGAGACAGACACCCACUCGGGAAUAUGUUGACUUUGAAAGAGAAGGAGGCAAGGUGUACUUGAAGGCACCUAUGAUUCUUAAUGGUGUUUGUGUAAUCUGGAAAGGCUGGAUAGAUCUUCAGAGACUGGAUGGUAUGGGCUGCCUGGAAUUUGAUGAAGAGAGAGCACAGCAGGAGGAUGCAUUGGCACAACAAGCCUUUGAAGAAGCUCGGCGGCGAACACGUGAAUUUGAGGAUAGAGACAGGUCUCAUCGGGAGGAAAUGGAGGUGAGGGCUUCACAGCUGAUGUCAGUAACUGGCAAGAAGACAACAAGACCUUAAUCCUGGAUCUAACCGAGGAAGUGGCAAUGAUCUCAAGCUACAUUAAUCAACAGUGGCAGGUGUACCAUGAGUCUGCACCCAUGCAUUGCUUCUACUUGACAAAGGAUUUAAUAAAAGACCAGAAACUGUGAUAACUGGGUAUAGUAUGGUCUUCUUCCUGACCUGCAGCAGUCGGAAUCACCAUGAACUGCCAUACUUUGCAUUAUGUGUUACAAUACCUGCAUUUCCCAUUUUAAGUAUGUAGCCAGUGGUAAUUGUUUUUUUUCCUAUACAGACUUACUUUUGUUGGUACUAUUUUAGUGAAAUAGAAACUUAUACAGCUAUAAAACCAUUUUUCUCAAACCUAAUAAUUAUCACUUAAAUAGGUCAAGAUAUUACAAGUUUAAAGCUUUUUUCUGUUUUGGUUUUUGGUUGGUUGUGUGUUUUGGC